AUGAGUGGGAAUAGAUCAAUUAAAUCAAUAUCGCUUGGACCAUUGCUGUUUGAUCUCGCAGCCUGUUUUGGUUUAGCUUUACUGUUUAUCUUGGUACCCGAAUUGUCAAUUCGUCCGUAUCAAAGAGGUUUUUUUUGUAACGAUGAAUCAUUACGUUUACCUUACAAGGAUGACACUAUACCGCCUGGUCUUCUUGUUGUCAUACUCCUAAUCAUAGGUGUUGGAAUUAUUGCAUCGACAGAAGUAUAUCGUGACUUUCGGUUGCGUAAUCUUGACUCACCGAAUUAUGUGCUUCAUGGAGUGGAUAUCAACAGAGUAACUGAUCGAGCAGUACUUUCAGGUUACUGCAUGAUCGGAAUGUGCUUCGAAUAUGUCACUUGUGAAGCUACGAAAUUGGCUGUGGGACGUUUACGACCACAUUUUAUUGAUGUUUGUAAACCAAACAUAGGAUAUUUAACCUGUAAUAACCCGUACGUCUAUAUAACAAAUUAUACUUGUACAAGUUCAUUUUCUGAAUACUUAAAAAAAGAAGCUCACGUCUCCUUCUACAGUGGUCAUACCGCAACUACGAUGCACGUCGUAGCCUAUUGUGUUAUAUAUUUAUAUGUGCGGCUUCCAAGGCGAAUUUAUGGUGUGACAUUGGUGCCAAUAAUACAAACCAUAUUGACUACUGCUGGUAUUCUAGUCGGUUAUUCGCGAAUCAGUGAUCACAAACACCACUGGUCUGACGUAUUUGCAGGUGUUGUUGUCGGAGUUAUUACGGGAUCAUUCAGUGUAAGCAUUUUUGGCUUUAAAGCACUACUCAACUUUCAAGCUAUUUUUUUGGCAAGGUUAUUUAAACGACAAAAGUUUCUGCUUAGUAAAAGCCAAGAACUGCUAAUUGUGGACUACAAUGACACAGAAGACUUCGUUCCUGAGAAUAGGACGAGAAUAAAUACUCCUAGCGAAACUGCGCAAUCUAAUGCUUUCCAGGAUUCUCAACAAAGCCGUAGCCAACUGCCAUCCACUGCAGAUGCGCAAGUUCGGUUUUCAUCUACCGGUUUCGCUUCUCAUCAUAAUACCGCUUACGAGGGAGAUCGAGUUUUUGUUCCUCCAAAUGAAAGUAAUUCACAAUUUGUUACCAAGAUUAGUACAUCUUUUGCGCCAUUUGAUGAGAAUUAUUCAAAAACACAUCAAAUAGCAAUUACAUGA